AAAAUGGAUGCUGUGGCAGGAGACGAUACGCCGGAAUUGUUGUUUUUCGACACCUUUUCCCAUGAAAUCAACGAAGAAAUCAAUUUGGACUUGGUGCAGUUUCCCCGUCCCGUAUAUGUGACGGAAAUACGGAUAAUUCCUUUGGGAGCGCGAGUGGAAGCGGAUUUUCCCGGGGGUGUGCGAUUGGGCGCGACUAAUCCCUCGAAAUUUUCAAUAGACUUCUUCGUGAAUGACUUGAGUAAGCCGGGCGCGUCCACUUUUGAGAUUCUGGGCAGUUUUGAGUACAAUCAGAAUGACUGCAUCCAACUGGAGUGCCGACCGACGGAAAUUGGCGGGCGAUCCAUUCCGACAGAUGGUCUAGUGCUCCGCGGAUGGUACACAACAAUUACCUUGGCUGUGUAUGGCACACAGACGAAAAACAUCACUGAACAGAUCGCCUCUCCGCCGGCAAGCGCUGUAGUCGCCCCAGCCGCAGAAGCCUCAUGCAGUCAAACACCUUUGGAGGAUGAGGUGAAGAAGGAGUGGCCAAUUGAGACGGCUGUAGCCCCAGUUCCGGCCCUGGAGGCGAGUUAUGGGCGCUCGGGGUCAUCCGGAGAUCUCUAUCAGGGACAAUAUUACGAAAAUCAGGAGUAUCAGCCGGAUAACUACCCAAGCGCAGUAGAUCCAACGGUGGCAGAAAAGGCAGAUGCCCCAAAAGACCCCAGAACAUUUACAGACGAGAUUAAAAGGGACGAUGGAGAUUCUCACAACAGCAGGAGGUUGAAAACGUCUCAUGAUUAUGGUCAUGGGAGAUCUUAUGACAGAGCAAGGGAAUCUCACGAAUUUGAAGAGGGCCGCAAGAGGCCCAAAAGUCCGCCUAGUGAUUCCUCACGUCGCCCACGGUCGCCAGAUCGUAGAAUUUCUGAGAGUCCCAACUAUUCGGAUGAGGACAUGUCUUCCGGGAAGGGUCAGCCAAUCAGAGUGAUUGAUCACGGCAGUGCAGUUUCAGAGGAGAGAGCAAAAGUGCAGCAGAGAAGAACACAGAGUCCGAGUUCGACAACGGGAACUCCCCUGGAGUCACCGGCGGCUAUUGAAGAGGACAUUGGAAGCUCUGGAGAGCAAUUUGAGCCUAUUCUGAGCGAUGAUGAGAUCGGUGAUGACGAUUCCGACAGCCAAUUUGACAUGGACUUUGAGUGUGAGGAAUAUGCGGAUGAAUUCACAAAAUCAUUUAAUCCUUUCACAGUGGAAUUGACAGCAUACACACCACGAAUCAGUAAACAACUGACGAAGGAGUUUGACGCAAUUUCCUGGAUCAUUGAUAAGUUCCUGAGUCGUUUUUCUGCUGGAUUGUCAUGGAAGAGUUUCUCGGAAAUGAGUUACGAUUGUAAGGAGAAUUGGGUGUAUUCUACAGAGAAAAUUAUUCAAUACUUCUCGUUGAGUUAUCAGUGGGAGAGAUCUAUCGUGGUGCCGUACAUUAAAACGUUGCUCGAGGAUGAGAAAAAGGCUGAGAGCAUAGUUGAGUGGAUUAUUGUGGGUCUGAGCUAUGAAGCAGCCACAUCGCAACAAACCUACAAAGUGAGACACUUGAAAGCGGGCAUAAGACUUAUAGAAUAUCUUGGAUGCUUCGAUGAUAUUGUAAUAAUGCUUAUAAAGAAGCGGAAAGUCGACGUAUUUGAGUCACUUUUCUCACUUCUUAAGCAAGAUUUCAUGGCCUUGUCGCUUCAACUGCUCAUCCUGCGAGCGAUUUCUUCACUGCUGGAUACGAAAUUAGGAGUGGAAUACUUUCUCGGUGAAGUAGACAAUUCGACAAAUCGAUAUUGUGAGUUGCUGAAGUUGAUGGAGGAGAAUCCCAAAAUAUGUGUGAAAUUCGCGCUGAAGGCUCUCGUGAAGAAGAUCAAUCUCUACGAGUCGCUGACUCUAAUUCGUGAUACCACCUCGAAGUGGUUUGCCGAGACAGGAGGAAAAAUCCUCGAGGAGGACGCAAGUCUCCUCUCGUCAUGUCUUGGCGAAGUGGUGAAUGGCUACACGUGGGAUGAGAAGAGUUAUGCUCAGCCGAGGGGACUUUAUCCCAUCGUGAAGAAAAUUGAACAUGUGCAGGAUCCAAUUGUGCGUCGUGGAACAUUGCAUGGAUUUCACUCUUACUUUCGAAUACACUCCUUCUUGGAGUCUUUAGUGCUUCUCGUGACAAAUUCCCAUGCCAUUUCAGUGGAUUUAAUGGCAAAGGCACUUAAGAUGAUUGUGGCGCUUGUGAGAAAUCUCAGUGGAUUGAACUAUUUAACUGAUAUGAUCACCACGACAAAUCUCCUGCAGAGAUGUCUUCUCCACGGCGGAGCUGCUAGUGAGGAUGCCUACCCUAAUCCUGGGCGAGAAAUUAAGGCUCACAAAAUUGCAAUGGAGAUUAUCUACAAAGUGCAGGCGAAAUAUUAUCUGGAUGCAAUUUCAUGCGUAAAGGAUGACGAGGAUGAAGUCGUGGAACAUCUCUUCGCACUGCAUGCACUGACUGUGACUCCCGGACGAUGUUUCGUGGUGACUUUUCUCACAAUGGAGAACAAUAUCAACAUCAUCAUUGCGCUGAUCAAUGCCCAGAAGAAUUACUACGCUGAGCAUCCUGAGAGUGGAAAGUGCAAAUCGCCUGUGCUGAACUAUGCUGUGGAUAUUUUGGAUUGUGUCAUUAGGAAUAGCUCAAAUGUUGCCUACCUCGGGGAAGCGGGACAGUCAAUUGUGAAUGUGGUGAAGAGUCACGAGAUUUUUGAAUCCUCCGUGUCGGCAAUGCUUCAGGAAAUGGCCAUUUACAUGAAACCUCUUGAGAUAUCCACAAUUUUUUCGUACAAUGACGUCCAGUCACUCUGUGAUGUGAUCAAGAGGAGCUUUGAUUUCUUCACAACAUUUCCCGGUGAUCUCAUAACAGUGUUGCGAAUUGCACGUUUCCUUGCCAUUCCUGAUGCGCAUGGAGAGGAAAUUGAGAAGUGGAAUGAGAGUGAAGAUGACAAUCUGGAGUUGAGAUUCAAGUUCUUCGUGAUGCAAUUCUAUUCUGCUGAUGGAUUGUCUCUGCUGACAUCGAUUCUGGAGAAGAUGGUAAACUUUUAUCAACAACCAAGUGUUCACGUGGCCACAUUGGCGUCAAAUCAGGGCGUUUUGACUAUACAAAUCCUCUUGCCAUGUCUUCAAGUGCUCAGGAGAAUUCUAACAUGUGUGAUUCUCGCAAGAAACACUUACUUCAGAGAUACCACUGCCAUUGAGUUGCUACUCCAGGUGUACAAUCUGGUGCAUUGUGUGCCCAAAACAGGAGCGGCCUAUGCAGAUGCUCAAAUGGCUCAGGAGGAAAUUAUAAAGACACUCUUGGUGUAUACUCAGCCAACACCAGAAGAGGGAGUUGACACGGAAUCUGUGAGGAAGAGUCUCUGGACACAUCUUAUUGGGGACCUUAUCAAAUUCACACUCAAAGGACCAUCGACUUUCAUCCCGGGACUCCUUGUUUUUUCGGAACUCCUUCCCCUGCCACUUCCAGUUCCCACCAAGGAUGUUCUUAGUGAGUCUGAAGCUGCAAAAAUUGUGACAGAGCGACAACUGUGGUCGGCACACCUUCACUCACAGUCAUCGAAUCUGGUGGAACUGAUCCAGAGUCUCUGCACAUCAAGCUAUCCACAACUGAUUCUGUUACUCAGUCGCGUGUGCCUUCAGCUCGCUGACCUGGCACCUAAUAUGAGUCUGAUGGUGUCCAAGACUAUCGUCAAUUUACUCUUGGCCGAUCCACUCACAAAUGGAGUUGCCACGAGUCACCAGAGUCGCCUCAUUAACUUCUUUGCCAGCCUCGUGAGUCAUCCAUCGGUGAAGGUGUCUGUAUUGUCAAUCCUACCUGGUAAACUAAUGGAUUUCCUCGUGUCAAUUUUGUCUACUGAGAAUAUUUCGGCAGCUCAUAUUCAAGCCCAGGAAAAUGUGUACGAAGCUCUACAGGCGCUUCUUGACUCGGAAAUCACGAUGAUUGCGCCAAAAAAUGCGAAAAGCCGCGAAUUGGCUCUUGCAUGUGCCUUUCCCAGCAAGGAACUCCUCUUGCCCAUUGUCAACUGCGUCCUGGACAACUUUACAAUGGACUCCAUGCCAUGUCCUCUGACAUCGCUUCGAACGAUGCUUCUCAUGUCGGAACACGAUGUUAUGAUUAAUUUGCUGUACAUCGAAUUUGUGAAGAGAAAAACUUCUGUGGCGGGAAUUUUGAAGAAACUUGUGGCAAAUUUCACAGAGAAUGUUGAUCAGAACAGAGGAGUUAUUGAAACAUUGAUAGACUUUCUGCGGACACUUUUUAUUAUUGAAGAUGUCGAUGACAGCGAGAAUCAAUUGAUUCCACCCAGGACUCUGAUAUUGUCGGGAAAUCAACUGGCCUCAAUGAUAAAUUGGACAUCAGAGGCCAAUGACAAGGAUAAGACAGAUGCCGAAGAGGAGGUUCAUGCGUUAGUAGUCCUGCAAAAAUUCCUUAAUCAGGAGGAAAUUUGCGAGAAACAUCAAUUGGAAGGAAUGCUAGAGAAUAUCCGACAAAUUGUUGAGUUUAUUGAUAAGGAGAGAGAUCUCUCGGCCACAGAUCCUGUUCUUGAAGUGAAUAUCGACGCUGCUUUGCCUCAAGCGGAAGGAAUUGUGACACAAUACGCUUCUAGAAUUAUUUUUGAUGUGUCUGAGGGCGUUGGAGAGCGGCUCACGGUGAAUUACUGGCUGAAUUCUCCGGUCUGUUCGAAGGAUAUUGUGGAGGAAAUGGAACAAAUUCCAUGUGAUCUGGCGGAUAUGGUGCGUGUGUGUUUACCACCGGAGACAAAUAUUGUGGCAGAUUGUAAGAGACUUCUACACUUGGUGGUGUCGCCGCAGACAACGCGAGAGCGCCCCAUCGCGGCUCCUUGUUUCAGGACGCGUCGUGUUGAAGUGGAGCCAUCGACCGGACGACCAGAGAAGAAGAUAUUCGUGACACCGAUGCGAGGGAGAGGCUUUCCCAGAACUCCUCAGGCUCGUGGCGACUUGUUCAGAUCGCGUCCGCCGAACACAUCUCGUCCACCGUCUCUGCAUGUGGAUGACUUCCUGGCUCUGGAAACGUGUGGCGCUCAGCCAACAGGCCCGACGGGGUACAAUAAGAUUUCGCGGGAUAUGAUAAGCAUCCGGGGCAGCAGGGUCGGUCGAGGUCGGGGUGGUUUUGCGUCGGAUCGGGGUCGUGCGAGUCUCGGCGCGAAUGGGUCGGGCGGAAGUGUGUACAGGGCCAGUAAUUCACCGACCACAUGGACAAAUCCGCACCUCACGCAGCACAUGAUGGUAGAUAGUGGCCAGACUCAGUCCGGCGGGCACUUUCGCAGUGGCGAUGGGACGUCGGGCAGUGGCAUUGUCUACGGAGGGGACUAUCGGGAGUCUCAGAGUCACUUUGGCGGUGCUGCCACGAGGGCGAGGAUGACGAGAGGUUUUGCAAGAUCUUCUGCGAGAAACUUUACACGGUAAAUCACACAUUUUUUCUCUAUUUCUCUUGACUGUCAACUCUUUCUGAUGUGCCUGCAAUGCAAAAUUUCGUCUCAUUGCCGGCAUUGAAGUCACUCGUCUCUGUGGAUGAUGAUGAAUGCUUUGAUUAAUUAAUUUUAUACAAUACAGAAAAAGUACGGAGUAUUUUUUUUUAUAUUUCUGCGAUUCACUCUGUGAAGGUGAAAGAGUAUGAAAUAUAUAAAGUUUUUGCAUUUAUACACAGGAGGGAUGCAAAAUCAGCAAGAAUUCAUUUCAUAUAUGGAAUUCCGGAAAUCGUCAACUUCCGUUUCACAUUGUAUUGAGUUUUGAGUUGAUUUUUCCCUAUGUCACACGCUAUUCCAUUUGCUGUGCGAGGAGUUGUGCUCACGUGGCAAUUUUGCUGUGUAGGUGGAAAGUCCCCCGGGUAGUUUUCGUGAUGCUCUUGGAAUCAGUAUGGUGCCGGAGGAAAAAUGUACAGUGAUUUUCUGUGUCGCUUGUAGUUGUGUCAUCUUCGUUCGACGACCUUUGGCGCACACUUUCAUAUUAAAAACACUCGCCAUGUGCCAGGUGUGUAUUAGGGAUGGUGGCGGCGGGGGGACAGGUGAUUGGAGAUACACUCUGAAAUGUGAAUCUAGCAAUUUCAAUCAAUUAGUUGUAAUAUUUCCUUUAUGGAGACGAUGAGCGCGAGCGAGAGGGAAGAACAAAUUAUAACUUAUCGGGUGGUUAAAGAGGUGAAUCCGUUUUGAUAGGUUCAGUCGUGAGUUCCACAGAGAGGAAGCGAAUAGCGGCGGGGAGAGAAGUAAAAUUGCAUUGUGUAUUGAAAUGUGUAAAUAGUGAAUUUGGGGAUGCGAUGAGAGAGAUGAAUAUGAGGAGUGAGAUGAGCGCGAGAGAAGACGGAGAAAAUGGGACCCAUAACUUUAUAUAAUUUUCUCAUAUUAAAAUAAAUCAGGGUGUUAUUUUCUUAAAAUUGAUAUUUCCGGACACUUUAACUUCAUUUAAAUUCUCUCUCGCGUCUAUACUGUUUCUCCACAAUACGAACGUCUACUUGUACAACUACUAUAACCACGGGAAUUGUCUACGAAAGCAUAGCAUUGCUUGUAACGUGUGUAAUCUCAGAUGGGCAUUGAGGAGUGAGAAUAAUGUUGUGACGGAAUAGCGAGCGGAGAAGAGAAAAAUCUGUAUAUUGCGGCAUUUUACAAAUGAGGGUAUCCUUGUGUGCCCCUGUAAUAAGAUAAGUCAUAAGGAUGAUGUCCAAAUUAUGAUGAUUUAUCUCCAUCUCAUCGAGAUGCAUUCAGACAAUUUAGAAUUGUAUGAGUUCCAUUUUACUACCAAUAAA